AUGUAUCCCUCAAGUCCGCACGAUAAACAGUCGUUAAUUGAUACGAGACUGUUCAUUGGCAAACAAGUUGAUAAAUUCAUUGCUGAGUCGUUAACCACACAGAAACCUGAAACGACGUCAAUCACCACGCAUAAACCCGAAAUACAGUCAACCACCGCAGAGGAACAUGAAAGACCGCUAAUCUUCACAAUAAAACCUGAAGUACCGUCAACCACCACGCAGACACCUCGAUCCUCUGCACCUUCACUAAUGUCUUUCAUCAACACCUUUCAAAUUCUUUCAUUCCUACACCUGAUAAGUUGUCAUUAA